AAGACUGGUAAGAGCAGGGGAUUGGCUCCUGCCUCAGGUGCAGUUGAUGUGGGAAGAGUCUCCCAGAAAGCUUAGUAGAUGUUAUUGCAUCACAGUCUACCAUUCUUCAGGCCCAGAGGCUGGUGGUAGGUACUUGUGGGUGAUAACAGCCUCCUCUCUCCUCCUACCCGAGAACUGGAAGCUUUGAGCCAAUAAGGCAGUCUGUCACCUCUUUGCACAGGUCAGCAGAUAGAUGGAGGCUCAGGACCACUGGCUGGAGGACCAUGGCAGGCAGAAAACACCCUCCAAACCAGAUGUUGACAUCCUAAACCCUUUACCUGGCCCGAAUUGUUCUGCCCUGGAGCGUAGAUAAAAGGAAGGGGAGCUGCCAGUGUGUGCCUUUGGGAAGGAGUCCAGGGUGGGGUGAGGGAGUUGGGGGAGGAGGGGACAGAAACAUGGAAAUGGCACAAAAUGCUAGAAAAAUACUGUAUGAAUUAUGGUGGAUAGGCCCCUUGCACUGCCCCAUUUCCUCAGCAUUGUGGAGCCCUAAAUUAGGAGUCAGAGACUCAAAGAAUGUCAUAGCUAGCAAGGAUCUCAAUGACCUUGCUUCCUCAAGGAUGGGGAAACUGAGGCCCAAAAUUAGAGAAGGAAUAUUCUCAAGGAAGGUCAUAUAGCGAGUUAGGAACAAAGACAAAGCCCAGGUGCUUGAAUUCCAAUUUUUGCCUCUCUAAGAGAUUAGACCUGUGUUUAAGUCCUAGUUUAUGCCUCUUAAUUGAGCAAGCUCAGAUUAGCUUCUUUGGGUCUCAGUUUCCCCAUCUUUGAGGAAAUUUGAUCGCUGAGACUUUUUCUAGCUAUGACAUUCUUUGAAUCUCUGACUCCUAGAUUAGAACUCCACAAUAAUGAGGAAAUAGGACCCAGGCAGUACAAGGGGCCUACCUCCCACAAUCUAUAAAAAGACGGGGCUGGCUGAAGCCAGGGAUUCUUAACCAGAGGUCCGUGGACCCUUAGAGUCCUUGGAUUUCAGGGGAUUCAUUAAUUUAAGAAAUAUUUUAUAACCAUUUCAAUAUAAUUUGUUCCCUCUGUAAUUUUAUGCACAUAAUAAUGUUUCUAAGAAGAGGUCCUUUGGCUUCUCCAGACUGAGCAAAGGUGGUGGUGGUGGUGGUGGUGGGGUUCCAGGAUACACACAGAAAGGCAGCCUUUCCACAUGAUCCCUAAAAGGUUCUUCUAGAAGUUGUCAGUAUCUUAUUGUAUAGGUGACACAGAACUUUGAGUCAGGAGACAGAGGUUCAAAUUUAAAUUUAAAUUUGACCUUUAUUAUCUAUGUGAAUCUGGCAAGUCAGUUCACCUCUCUAAGUCUCAGUUUUUUCUCCUGUAAAAUGGGAAUAAUAGUACCUGCAGUGCCUACCUCACAAAGUUAUUAUGAGGCAAAGUGAAUCUGAAAUGUGUACAUUUUAAAGCACUAAACUUGACCUAUCAUUAACACGAUAAGACCCAUUUUAAAGGGAAAGGAAUAAUAUUUCUAAUCACCUGGGCUGGCCCAAAAAAGCAUAGAUAAUUUUAAUAUUAAUAUCCUUUAUUAAAUAUUAUUAAUAAAAACAACACAAUGAAGUUGGACUGACUUUUUUCUAAGGGCCUUCCCAGCUCAGACAUUCUAUAGGUCUGCAACUUUGGGAAAUUUCACUCCCCCAAGUUAGAUGCCAUUCCAGUCCCCACGGCAACAGAAUUUGGUGACUUCACCAAAGCUUCUGUGAUAUCAUGGGUCCUCCCCAGGGGAGCUAGGGUUCCAAGGCGGCCCCCUCCGUUCCUGUGCUCCGGAGUGGCCAAGCAGGAGAUCGCUAGAGCCCCCGGAGGAAACCCAUUGUCCUCAGCCUCUCCUAUCCCCUCUCCAGCCCUCCCACCCAACAUGGAAACCCAUCCUAGGGAUCCCAAAUCGUAUACCCAGAGACUUGAGGCCCACUCGUACCACCAGGAGAAACAGCAGGGACUUGGUCUGGCCAGGUCCUGGACACCGGUGAACAGCUGAUGGUCCCGGUAGAAGUGUUGCGGGAGACCAACCAAGCAGCCUGGUGGAAGUUUCUGGUCUCAGGGGCUGUGGCUGGUGCUGUGUCACGUACUGGGACAGCCCCACUGGACAGGGCGAAAGUCUUCAUGCAGGUCUAUGCCUCCAAAACGAAUAUCAUGAAUUUGCUGGGGGGGAUGCGGAGCAUGAUCCAAGAAGGAGGAAUCCGCUCCCUGUGGCGGGGAAAUGGCAUCAAUGUGCUCAAAAUUGCACCCGAGUACGCCAUCAAGUUCUCCGUCUUUGAGCAGUGUAAGACUUCUUUCUGCAACCAGAAUACCUCACAGCCCUUUCAUGAAAGAAUCCUGGCUAGCUCCCUGGCGGUGGCUAUCUCCCAGACUCUCAUCAAUCCCAUGGAGGUGCUGAAGACCCGGCUGAUGCUCCGGCGGACAGGCCAGUAUAAAGGGCUACUGGAUUGUGCGUUCCAGAUCCUAGAACGUGAGGGGACCCGAGCCUUCUACCGGGGCUACUUGCCCAACAUGAUGGGCAUUGUGCCUUAUGCCUGCACCGACUUGACGGUCUAUGAGUCGCUCAGGUGGGUCUGGCUCUACUUAGGGUUUGACGCAGAAAAUCCCAGCGGGAUAGUCAGCCUGUUGUCUGCCACACUGUCCAGCACCUGUGGCCAGGUGGCCAGCUACCCUCUGACACUGGUACGGACAAGGAUGCAGGCCCAAGACACUGUGGAGGGCUCCAAUCCUACCAUGCGAGGUGUCUUUGGAAAGAUCCUAGCCCAGCAGGGCAUGCCUGGCCUGUACCGGGGGGUGACACCCACUCUCCUCAAAGUGCUGCCAGCAGUGGGCAUCAGCUACGUGGUGUAUGAAGCCAUGAAGAGUGCCCUGGGGGUGGCUAAGUAGCCUUUCCCCCUGUCUAGAGGGCCAGAAGGCCAGACACCCCGCCCCCCAAUAGGGGCUGGAGAAGUACUUAAAAAUCCAGGGCCUCCCACCCAGGGAGCCCAGCAGGAUCCGGCCAAGGAAAUGCUAGGCAAAAAGGCUGGCCCAGAGCCCCUUUCAAUGCUCUUAGCCCCGGAGUGGGAAAGGCAUGGAGGACUCUAGAGUGGGACUCAUUUCCUAGGUCUUGCCAGGGAGGCCGAAUGAGAUUUUCCCAGGUCUAGCUUCAGGUCUGGAGAAAACAGUGAAAGUGGUGAUAAAGGAGUAAAGCCA